UCUUCUACAGAGGUCUCUUGGAGGUUUCCGUUCUCUCCGUCGCCGCACGUGGUUUACUGCGUAGCCUGUGUCCUACGAAACCAAUCUGAAUUGUUUGACUGUUUCUGGCCUGCGUGAUGCCGCCCAGUGCAUUGGAUAGCUUGCGAGUUCGUCACCCAAGGAGCUCACACAGCGUUUCUCAAUGCACCUUCCCGUUGCAUCGCUUCGAAAUCUGCAUCCUCGAGAACACUCGGCCAUCACGCGUCUUGGCUUCGCCUCUCACUAGACCAACUCUCUCGUCGUCUGGAGUGGCUUCCACGGGAUGAUGUUCGAUCAUGUAUUCGUUCUUUUUCGUCCUCGCAUCAAUCACUUGCUGGCUUGCGAAGCCAUUGUCAGUCCUGCAAGGCACUCGCCAACUCCCUAUAUCUGCAUACAAUCUACCUGCGAGAUUCAAACGCGAAGGAAUUAUGCGAGGUAUAUCUGUCAUACAGAGGAGAGGUCCUCCACAUCUUCACCUAAUGUCGUGCACCAACCUUAGAAGAUCCGAAGCCGAUCGUGUCGUCGCACUGUUGGGUAGUCUGGUCGUGGUGACAGAAGAAUUGCACAAGACCCCCGAUAUCUUCAAAUGUACACAUUCAUACGACUGGUCCAUCCAAGCCGUCCACACUCAAUACCUUCGGUUGGCCGAAAAGAUCGCUGGGGAGACCAUGGACGUCUGGAAACGCAGUCUGCCGCUGGAACGCCUCACUAGAGCCGGAAAAUUUUAGGAGUCGGUUGCUUGGUACCUCGCUACUACCAAUCAAAUGUGUAAACUUGCCUGUCUGCGAAUGAACACCAAGACAUACG